GGACCUAUUGGACCAAAGGGCAACAUGGGAGAACCAGGCCAGCCCAGUUAUGGAGUCAAGGUCAGUGAUGUGACCACACAGCAACAUUGUUCUGUCAUUGUUGCUACAGUGUACCACUGAGUUAGGCCCAUUCCCAGCAAGUGUUUCUUCGGUUAACAAAUGAGCCGGUUUCUCUCUUUUCUUAUAUGUGUCUCUUCCCAGGGCGAGAAAGGCGAGCCUGGCUCAAUCAUUGGGCCUGAUGGGAAUAUUUUGUACCUGGGAAGAUUGUCGGGUGAGAAGGUGAGCGUCUCACUAUUGACUUCUGUAGUCAGUAAUAUUUGACGUGUAUAUAUAGUAUACACUACCAGUCAAAAGUUUGGACACACCUACUCAUUCAAGGCUUUUUCUUUAUUUUUACUAUUUUCUACAUUGUACAAUAGUAGUGAAGACAUCAACUAUGAAAUAACAUAUGGAAUGAUGUAGUAACCAAAAAAGUGUUAAACAAAUCAAAAUAUAUUUUAUAUUUGAGUUUCUUCAAAGUAGCCACCUUUGCCUUGAUGAUAGCUUUGCACACUCUAGUAUUACUGCUGUAAAGUUAACCUCCAAUCAGAUAUCAGACUACAUGAUGUAACCUCUGCUUCUCAGAGGUGAGACAAUGGGGGUUUGCAAGGACAACACAGAGAAUGCUGAAUUCCUAAGACAACACAGAGGAAAUUCUUGUAUACAGUUGAUAAGAAGAGUGACUUCGGGGUCUGCCCUACACUUCUGUCUGGCUUGGUCUUAUCUGUGUGUUGGCCUUCAAGCCGAGUUAAACACCAACUCUCCGUCUUUUGUAGGGUGACAGAGGACCUGCCGGACCUGUUGGGCCUCCUGUAAGUACUUUUAGGCUUAUUACUUGACAUUACAGUCUUGCCAUUUGAAGCUGCCUUAAAUUAAACUGACGUGGUCAUGAGCAAUGUUGGGAUUAUAUAUUACUCAUUACAUUUAACAAAAGUAAAGCGUUACUUUACAAUAUUACUUUGUAUGGAAAGUAACUAAUUAUAUUACUUUGCGUUACUUUCAUUAAAAAAAUCUAAAUCGGAGUGAGCAAGGUGAGCCACACACUCUACCAAAGAUAGGCUAUUUACUAACUCAGGUUUUAUCACUAGCAUUUGUGGUGCUGCUUUCAAGUGCUGCACAAUCAUAUAGGCUGCUUAAUUAGCCAUACAGUGCAUUCGGAAAGCAUUCAGACCCCUUGACUUUUUCCACAUUUUGUUACGUUACAGCCUAAAAUGUAUUAAAUACAUUUUUCCCGUCAUCAAUCUACACACAAUACCCCAUAAUGACACAGCGGUGGCGCAGCGGUCUAUGGCACUGCAUCGCAGUGCUUGAGGCGUCACUACAGACACAGGUUCGAUCCCAGGCAGUGUCACAGCCGGCCGUGACCGGGAGACCCAUGAGGCGGCGCACAAUUGGCCCAGCGUCGUCCGGGUUAGGGGAGGGUUUGACCGGCCAGGAUGUCCUUGUCCCAUCACGCUCUAGCGACUCCUUGUGGCAGGCCGGGUGCCUGCAAGCUGACUUUGGUCGCUAGUUGUACGGUGUUUCUGCCCGCACAUUGGUGCAGCUGGCUUCCGGGUUAAGCAAGCAGUGUGUCAAGAAGCAGUGUGGUUUGGCAGGGUUGUGUUUCGGAGGACGCAUGGCCCUCGACCUUCGCCUCUCCCGAGUCCAUAUGUGAGUUGCAGCGAUGGGACAAGACUGUAACUAUCAAUUGGAUAUCACGAAAUUGGGGAAAAAGGGGAUUAAUAAAAUAAAAAAUACCUUAUUUACGUAAGUAUUCAGACCCUUUGCUAUGAGACUCGAAAUUGAGCUCAGGUGCAUCCUGUUUCCAUUGAUCAUUCCAUCAGACGGAAGCCACUCCUCAGUAAAAGGCACAUGACAGCCUGCUUGGAGUUUGUCAAAAGGCACCUAAAGACUCUCAGACCAUGAGAAAUGCCAAGAGUCCCGUCUGGAGGAAACCUGGCACCAUCCCUACGGUGAAGCAUGGUGGUGGCAGCAUCAUGCUGUGGGAAUGUUUUCCAGUGGCAGGGACUGGGAGACUAGUCAGGAUGGAGGGAAAGAUGAAUGGAGCAAAGUACAGAGAGAUCCUUGAUCAAAACCUGCUCCAGAGCGCUCAGGACCUCAUACUGGGGUGAAUGUUCACCUUCCAACAGGACAACAACCCUAAGCACACAGCCAAGACAACGUAGGAGUGGCUUCGGGACAAGUCUUUGAAUGUCCUUGAGUGGCCCAGCCAAAGCCCGAACUUGAAACCGAUCAAACAUCUCUAGAGAGACCUGAAAAUAACUGUGCAGCAACGCUCCCCAACCAACCUGGCUGAGCUUAAGAGGACUUGCAGAGAAGAAUGGGAGAAACUCCCCAAAUACUCACUGCCAAAGGUGUUUAGACAAAGUACUGAGUAAAGGUUCUGAAUACUUAAGUAAAUGUGAUAUUUACAUUUUUUAUUUUAAAUACAUUUGGAAACAUUUCUAAAAACCAGUUUUUGCUUUGUCAUUAUGGGGUAUUGUGUGUACAGUCAAACGUUUUGAGAAUGACAGAAAUAUUAAUUUUCACAAAGUCUGCUGCCUCAGUUUUUAUGAUGGCAAUUUGCAUAUACUCCAGAAUGUUAUGAAGAGUGAUCAGAUUAAUUGCAAUUAAUUGCAAAGUCCCUCUUUGCCAUGAAAAUGAACGCAAUCCCAAAAAAACAUUUCCACUGCAUUUCAGCCCUGCCACAAAAGGACCAGCUGACAUCAUGUCAGGUAAUUAUCUCGUUAACACAGGUGAGAGUGUUGACGAGGCUGGAGAUCACUCUGUCAUGCUGAUUGAGUUAGAAUAACAGACUGGAAGCUUUAAAAAGAGGGUGGUGCUUGAAAUCAUUGUUCUUCCUCUGUUAACCAUGGUUACCUGCAAGGAAACACGUGCCGUCAUCAUUGCUUUGCACAAAAAGGGCUUCACAGGCAAGGAUAUUGCUGCUAGUAAGAUUGCACCUAAAUCAACCAUUUAUCGGAUCAUCAAGAACUUCAAGGAGAGAGGUUCAAUUGUUGUGAAGAAGGCUUCAGGGCGCCCAAGAAAGUCCAGCAAGCGCCAGGACCGUCUCCUAAAGUUGAUUCAGCUGCGGGACGGGGCACCACCAGUGGCAGAGCUUGCUCAGGAAUGGCAGCAGGCAGGUGUGAGUGCAUCUGCACGCACAGUGAGGCAAAUCAUUUUGGAGGAUGGCCUGGUGUCAAGAAGGGCAGGGAGGAAGCCACUUUUCUCCAGGAAAAACAUCAGGGACAGACUGAUAUUCUGCAAAAGGUACAGGGAUUGGACUGCUGAGGACUGGGGUAAAGUCAUUUUCUCUGAUGAAUCCCCUUUCCGAUUGUUAAGGGCAUCCUGAAAAAAGUUUGUUCCGGAGAAGACAAGGUGAGCGCUACCAUCAGUCCUGUGUCAUGCCAACAGUAACGCAUCCUGAGACCAUUCAUAUGUGGGGUUGCUUCUCAGCCAAGGGAGUGGGCUCACUCACAAUUUUGCCUAAGAACACAGCCAUGAAUAAAGAAUGGUACCAACACAUCCUCUGAGAGCAACUUCUCCCAACCAUCCAAGAACAGUAUGGUGACGACCAAUGCCUUUUCCAGCAUGAUGGAGCACCUUGCCAUAAGGCAAAAGUGAUAACUAAGUGGCUCGUGGAACAAAACAUCUAUAUUUUGGGUCCAUGGCCAAGAAACUCCCCAGACCUUAAUCCCAUUGAGAACUUGUGGUCAAUCCUCAAGAGGCGGGUGGACAAACAAAAACCCACAAAUUCUGACAAUCUCCAAUCAUUGAUUAUGCAAGAAUGAGCUGCCAUCAGUCAGGAUGUGGCCCAGAAGUUAAUUGACAGCAUGCCAAGGCGGAUUGCAGAGGUCUUGAAAAAGAAGGGUCAACACUGCAAAUAUUGACUCUUUGCUUAAACUUAAUGUAAUUGUCAAUAAAAGCCUUUGAAACUUAUGGAAUGCUUGUAAUUAUACUUCAGUAUACCAUAGUAACAUCUGACAAAAAUAUCUAAAAACACUGAAGCAACAAACUUUGUGAAGACCAAUACUUGUGUCAUUCUCAAAACUUUUGACCACAACUGUAGAUUGAGGGAAAAAAACUAUUUAAUCCGUUUUAGAAUAAGCCUGUAAAGUAACAAUGUGGAAAAAGUAAAGGGGUCUGAAUACUUUCCGAUUGCACUGUAAGCCAAACAUUUGUACAGAUUUCCUAUAUUUUCAUUCAAAAUCUUUCUCUCGAGCCGCCAGUUCUGGUUAUAGACCGCAUGUUCACGGACCCAUAGAGGUGUAUAGAGGGCACACUUGCCACUAGACUGGAAGGCCUCUAUAGGCUUCGGAAAUGAGAGGUGCACCCUCUACACAUUUUUAUGGAGGCAGCUAUCAUGACAUUUCUCCGAACAGCCUUUUUCCACUCGCUUGAGAGAUAUGAUUUUGAAAGUUAGUUGACAAAGUAUCUGUAAUAAUAUUACCCAAUUACUCAUUAAAAGUAAUGUGAUUAUGUAGAGCGUUACUUUUGUGACGCGUUACCCCCAACACUGUUCACAAGCAACAGCAGAGUCAGAGAUGUUGUCAAGAGAGAGUGUGAGGCAAGUGGUUGCCCUUGUCAGCACCAACACAGAUACUGUUAAGCAUCUGGACAUGUGCACGACAGUUCACUUCUCUCUUAUGCAACGUGACAACAAAUGCUGAUGAGUUCAGCCUCUCGCUUCACGCAGUCUUUGUUUGUGUCAGAAGUCGCCCCGUUCCUCAUGGUAAACGCAUAUAGCUGAGUUUACCUUGCCUUAAUUCAGCUGCCAUGUAUAUUGCCUUGCAAAAGUAUUCAUACCCCUUGGAUUUCACAUUUUAUUGUGUUACAAAGUGGGAUUAAAAUGCAUUUUGUCAAUUGCUCGUCAACAAUCUGCUCAACAUACUCUGUGAAAAUGGAAGAUUUGUUUUACAUUUAUUAAAGAUAGCUGGAAAUUAAAUAACUACAAUAUAGUCACUGCAUAAGUAUGCAGCUCCCUGAGUCAACACAUAUUAGAAACAACUUUGACAGUGAUUACAGCUGUGAGUCUUCUUGGGUAAGUCUAAGAGCUUUACACACCUGGAUUGUGCAAUAUUAUCCUAUUAUUCUUUUCAUAAUUCUUCAAGCUCUGUCAAGAUGUUGGGGAUCAUGGCUAGACAGCUAUUUUCAUGUCUUACCAUAGAUUUUUAAGCAGAUAUAAGUCAAAACUGUAACUUGGCCACUCAGGAACAUUCACUGUCUUCUUGGUAAGCAACUCUAGUGUGGAUUUGGCCUUUUGUUGUAGGUUAAUCCCUCUCCCAGUGUCUGGUGUAAAGCAGACUGAAGCAGGUUUUCCUCUAGGAUUUUGCCUAUGCUUAGCUCCAUCCCGUUUCUUUUUAUCCUGAAAAACUCUGCAGUCUUUGCGAUGUCAAGCAUACCCAUACCAUUAUGCAGCCACCACCAUGCUUGAAAAUAAGGAGGUACAGUUGAAGUCGGAGGUUUACAUACACUUAGGUUGGAGCCAUUAAAACUUGUUUUUCAACCUCGCCAAAACUGUCGUUUGUUAAACAGAAAUUUGUGGAAAGUCAGUUAGGACAUCUACUUUGUGCAUGACACAAGUUAUUUUUCCAACAAUUGUUUACAGACAGAUUACUUCACUUAUAAUUCACUGUAUCACAAUUCCAGUGGGUCAGAAGUUUACAUACACUAAGUUGACUGUGCCUUUAAACAGCUUGGAAAAUUCCAGAAAAUGGCUUUAGAAGCUUCUGAUAGGCUAAUUGACAUCAUUUGAGUCAAUUGGAGGUGUACCUGUGGAUGUAUUUCAAGGCCUACCUUCAAACUCAGUGCCUCUUUGCUUGACAUCAUGGGAAAAUCAAAAGAAAUCAGCCAAGACCUCAGAAGAAAAAUUGUAGACCUCCACAAGUCUGGUUCAUCCUUGGAAGCAAUUUCCAAACGCCUGAAGGUACCACGUUCAUCUGUACAAACAAUAGUAUGCAAGUAUAAACACCAUGGGACCACGCAGCCGUCAUACCGCUCAGGAAGGAGAUGCGUUCUGUCUCCUAGAGAUGAACAUACUUUGGUGCGAAAAGUGCAAAUCAAUCCCAGAACAACAUCAAAGGACCUUGUUAAGAUGCUGGAGGAAACGGGUACAAAAGUAUAUAUAUCGACAGUAAAACACGUCCUAUAUCGACAUAACCUGAAAGGCCGCUCAGAAAGGAAGAAGCCACUGCUCCAAAACCACCAUAAAAAAGCCAGAAUACGGUUUGCAACAGCACAUGGGGACAAAGAUCUUAAUUUUUGGAGAAAUGUCCUCUGGUCUGAUGAAACAAAAAUAGAACUGUUUGGCCAUAAUGACCAUCGUUAUGUUUGGAGGAAAAAGGGGGACUUGCAAGCCGAAGAACACCAUCCCAACCGUGAAGCACGGGGUGGCAGCAUCAUGCUGUGGGGGUGCUUUGCUGCAGGAGGGACUGGUGCACUUCACAAAAUAGAUGGCAUCAUGAGGAAGGAAAAUUAUGUGGAUAUAUUGAAGCAACAUCUCAAGACAUCAGUCAGGAAGUUAAAGAUUGGUCGCAAAUGGGUCUUCCAAAUAGACAAUGACCCCAAGCAUACUUCCAAAGUUGUGGCAAAAUGGCUUAAGGACAACAAAGUCAAGGUAUUGGAGUGGCCAUCACAAAGCCCUGACCUCAAUCCUAUAGAAAAUGUGUGGGCAGAACUGAAAAAGCGUGUGCGAGCAAGGAGGCCUAAAAACCUGACUCAGUUACACCAGCUCUGUCAGGAGGAAUGGGCCAAAAUUCACCCAACUUAUUGUGGGAAGCUUGUGGAAGGCUAUCCGAAACAUUUGAACCAAGUUCAACAAUUUAAAGGCAAUGCUACCAAAUACGAAUUGAGUGUAUGUAAACUUCUGACACACUGGGAAUGUGAUGAAAUAAAUAAAAGCUGAAUUAAAUCAUUCUCUCUACUAUUAUUCUGACAUUUCACAUUCUUAAAAUAAAGUGGUGAUCCUAACUGACCUAAGACAGGGAAUUUUUACAAGGAUUAAAUGUCAGGAAUUGUGAAAAACUGAGUUUAAAUGUAUUUGGCUAAGGUGUAUGUAAACUUCUGACUUCAACUCUAGUUAUUCAGUGAUGUGUUGCGUUGGAUUUGCCGGAAACAUAUGGCUUUGCAUUUUGUCCAAAAAGUUUAAUCCUUUGCUGUGUUUUUUUGCAGUAUUACUUUAGUGCCUUGUUUUGGUAUAUUUCUAUUCUGUAUAUUUGUAUUAUUCUUUUCACUCUGUCAUUUAAUUCAUUAUUGUGGAGUCAUUACAAUGUUGUUGAUCCCAACACAGCCAUUUAACUCUGUAACUGUUUUACAAUCACCAAUGGCCUUAUGGUAACAUCCCUGAGCAGUUUAAUUCCUGUCUUGCAGCUCAGUUCACAAGGACGACUGUAUCUUUGAUGCAUAAUUAUUAACUUGACCAUGCUUAAAGAGAUAUUCCAUGUCUGAUUUGUUAUUGUUACCCAUCUACCAAUCACUGUCCUUUGAGGCUUUCGAAAAGCUCCCUGGUCUUUGUAGUUGAAUUCAAUACAAUACUGAUGUACCUUACAAAUGUAUCGGGGACAGAGAAAAGGGUUACUCGUACAAAAAUCAUGUCUACCCCUAUUAUUUCACACAGACCAUGUCAUUUAUUAUGUGAUUUAUUAAGCCCAAUUUUUACUACUGAAUUAAUUUAGGGUUGCCUGAACAAAGGGGCUGAAUAGUUUGAAUACUUAUGCAACAACUAUUUUAGUUAUCUAAUUGUUAUUAAUCCGAGAAAAAAAAAAGAGGAAAUAAAUUGAGCAGAUUGUUGACAAAAAGUACAAUUUAAAUACAUUUUAAUCCCACUUUGUAACACAAUAACAUGUGAAGAAAUUCAAGGGGUAUGAAUACUUUUGCAAGGCACGGUAUAUCACUGAUCCCUCUCAAAAAUAAUUUUUGAGUCAAUGUGUUUUGUGUUUGGGUCUCAUAUGAUUGAUGUAUUGUUGUUUGUACAGGGGCAGGAUGGUCCUCCUGGGAUAAAGGGUGAAUUUGGAAUGCCCGGAAGACCUGUAAGUACUGGAGCUGACUUUAGAACUUUACAAUUACAGUAGGUGCUCAGUAGCAUGACAAAAAAAGGUCACAUUUGGAAUUCAAGUCUCUUUGGUAUCAAUGGUGUAAUUGCUUGAAAGUGGUACAAAUGUUUCCUUGAUUUGAACAGGUGUGGAAUGAUUCAAUGUUACAUAACAUCUAUUGCCAGUUGGUGUGUAAUUAUGCACAAGUUAGGGAAGUAUCGAUAUGGAAUGCUACAACAACUACUACUACUAGUAGUAUUUCUCUCUAGUGAAUGCUCCUUGCGUAAGGCCUUCAUAGUAUCUAACUAUCUAUGUCUGUUUCCUACAGGGUCGUCCUGGUGUGAAUGCAUACAAGGGUGAAAAAGGAGAGCCAUCCACAGGAGCUGGAUUUGGCUACCCAGUAAGUGUGACAUGCGCAUAUAACAAUGUACUGGGCCUGUUUACGAUACGAUGGAAGUGCACUGUCUUAUAGAGGAGAUUCAAAUGAGCUUUUAAUACAAACUUAAUGUCUUCUGUUUUCAGGGUGUCCCAGGCCCACCCGGGCCGCCAGGACCACCCGGACCAGCUGUGACUGUGGACCGCUUCAACGUGAGUCUAUCAGAAUCCUAACACACAAAACCAGAGUUGUGUUCAUUCAGCACCAAACGGAAGAACACAGACUGAAACAUGGAGAGACAAGUUUGACUUGUCCAAUAUAGGAAACAGGAUAUCAUGUUUGUGUGCAAAUACUGGAAAAUGUUUAAAUGUGCCAUUUCCUAUGUAUUGCAGGGAUAUGACGCCUCAAGGAAUUAUCCAGGUAUGCUGACAAUGAUUUGUUGUUUUUACAUCAAACGUUAUACCUAGCGAUGAAACAUCUCGAAGACAGAGGAUUCAAUCUCGGCGCAUGGGCAUACAGGUUUUUAGAAUUUGUUUGCAAAUGUAUUAAAAAUAUAAAACUGAAAUAUAACAUUUACAUAAGUAUUCAGACCCUUUACUCAGUACUUUGUUGAAGCACCUUUGGCAUCGAUUACAGCCUUGACUCUUCUUGGGUAUGACGCUACAAGCUUGGCACACCUGUAUUUGGGGAGUUUCUCCCAUUCUUCUCUGCAGAUCCUCUCAAGCUCAGUCAGGUUGGAUGGGGAGCGUCGCUGCACAGCUAUUUUCAGGUCUCUCCAGAGAUGUUAGAUCAGGUUCAAGUUCGGGCUCUGGCUGGGCCUCUCAAGGACAUUCAGAGACUUGUCCCGAAGCCACUCCUGCGUUGUCUUGACUGUGUGCUUAGGGUCGUUGUCCUGUUGGAAGGUGAACCUUCACCCCAGUCUGAGGUCCUGAGCUGUCUGGAGCAGGUUUUCAUGAAGGAUCUCCCUGUAUUUUCUGCCGUUCAUCUUUCCCUCGAUCCUGUCUCUCAGUUCCUGUCGCUGAAAAACAUCAUGAUGCUGCCAUCACUGUAGGCAUGGUGCCAAGUUUCCUCCAGAUGUGACGCUUGGCAUUGAGGCCAAAGAGUUCAAUCUUGGUUUCAUCAGACCAGAUAAUCUUGUUUCUCAUGGUCUGAGAGUAUUCAGGUGUCUUUUGGCAAACUCCAAGCGGGCUGUCAUGUGCCUUUUACUGAGGAGUGGCUUCCAUCUGGCCACUCUACCAUAAAGGCCUGAUUGGUGGAGUGCUGCAGAGAUUGUUGUCCUUCUGGAAGGUUCUCCCAUCUCCACAGUGGAACUCUGGAGGUCUGUCAGAGUGACCAUCGGGUUCUUGGUCACCUUCCUGACCAAGGCCCUUCUCCCCCGAUUGCUCAGUUUGGCCGGGUGGCCAGCACUAGGAAGAGUCUUGGUGGUUCCAAACUUCUUCCAUUUAAGAAUGAUGGAGGCCACUGUGUUCUUGGGGACCUUCAAUGCAGCAGAUAUUGUUUGGUACCUUUCCCCAGAUCUGUGCCACGACACAAUCCUGUCUCGGAGCUGUACGGACAAUUCCUUCGACCUCAUGGCUUGGUUUUUGCUCUCACAUGCACUGUCAACUGUGAGACCUUAUAGACAGUGUGGAGGUGUGUGCCUUUCCAAAUCAUGUCCAAUCCAGUUGUAGAAACAUCAAGGCUGAUCAAUGGAAACAGGAUGCACCUGAGCUCAAUUUCGAGUCUCAUAGCAAAGCGUCUGAAUAUUUAUGUAAGUAAGGUAUUUUUAGUUUUUUUAUUUGAAAUAAAUUAUAGAAACCUGUUUUGGCUUCGUCAUUAUGGGGUAUUGUGUGUAGAUUGAUGAAAAAAAAAAAUAUUGAAUCCAUUUUAGAAUAAGGUAACAAAAAAGGGAAGGGGUCUGAAUACUUUCCGAAUGCACUGUACCUAGCAGUCAACAAAAUGAGGAGUUAGACAGUUUUUAUUCUUUAAGGAGACAAACCGUUCCCCAUCUACCUUCAGUUUGAUUUAGCUAUUGAAGAAAGCGGAAUUCAUGAUCACUCUACUGUCAAGAGAUUAGGCUAACGCUUUCAUCAAAAGCACCUAGAUUUGGGGAAUUAACUGAAAAACUGGAACGUCAAAUAACGCAGUCAAGCUGUAAUUUAGACAUCACGAUCCAUUCCAUUAGCCCAUACAAAUUUACAUUUGACUGCCAUUGGGCAUGGGUAGUGCAGACAUCCAUUACAAAAUAGUGAUACAAAUUAUAUUUAUUUGUUUUCUACAAUCUAUAUAUUUUUUUACAUGUUCUCUGGUUUUUGUAGCGACAAAGGGGGAGAAAGGUGAUUCCGGAGCUCCAGGUCUCACAGGACCGCCAGGUAAGACGUAUGUCUCAAUAUAGCACAGUUAGUACAGGGAUAAUAACAACUACUUUGUUUUGUCUUUAGGCUACAAUUCAACCUGUAUGCUUAUCGUGAUAUUUUGUCAUUUUGUUACAGGUGUGGCCUCUAACUUCGACAUUUUUACAUUCAAGGUAUGAAAGUAUUGCAAUUAAUAGGACUACUGUUAGGAUGGAAGAUGUAUAAAGAAUAAGUUAUUUGUGUCUCAAUAUACAGAUUCUCUGUUCCUUUUUGAACAUUCUGUACUUUUCCACUGUCUAUUCUGUACUUUUCCACAGUCUAGUUUAGGGCUGGCCAAUAUGGCCAAAAUAUAAUAUCACGGUAUUUAAAACAAAUUGGACGCUAUGGCGAUAUUUGACUAUAUGUUUGUAUGAUAUUUGACUAUAUGUUUUCAUGAUAUUUGACUAUAUGUUUUUAUGUUUUUGAAUAAUACAAGUUCAAAAUUUGCUUUAUGAGUAGCUCGCAGUGUUUCCUCUGGAAAAAUGUGUAGCAGUGGGGGGAAAAGGUCGCAGAGAGGGGGGGGGGGGGUCCCCACUCCUAUAAUUUUUAUGUAGAAAGACAGAAGCUCAGUUCUGGUGACUUUUUAAAAGGACAUUCUACUCCAAAAUUAAUUAAAAUAAGUAUGCUGACACCAUCUAAAAUAGAAUUUCCACCUCUCAUCACCCCAAGAACACCAUCCCCACAGUGAAGCAUGGUGGUGGCAGCAUCAUGCUGUGGGGAUGUUUUUCAUCGGCAGGGACUUAGAAACUGGUCAGAAUUGAAGGAAUGAAGGAUGGUGCUAAAUACAGGGAAAUUCUUGAGGGAAACCUGUUUCAGUCUUCCAGAGAUUUGAGACUGGGACGGAGGUUCACCUUCCAGCAGGACAAUGACCCUAAGCAUACUGCUAAAGUAACGCUUGAGUGGUUUAAGGGGAAACAUUUAAAUGUCUUGGAAUGGCCUAGUCAAAGCCCAGACCUCAAUCCAAUUGAGAAUCUGUGGUAUGACUUAAAGAUUGCUGUACUCCAGUGGAACCCAUCCAACUUGGAGCAGUUUUGCCUUGAAGAAUGCAUAUGUAUUGUUUUAUACUGUUCAAUUCAAGCUAAAACUAAAAUUAUUGUCAGCAUUUCAUCCAUUUCUGCAUUUCCUGCACUCAUUUGAGAUCAUUUCCACAUUGCCGCGUAGGGCUGCACAAUAUGGCAAACAAUCUAGGCCUUAUUUUUAACCAAAUGUUGCAGUUGCGAUUUAGAUCAAAACACUUGGGUAACUGUUGGAAUCAUGGAAAUAGAAUGAUUAUUCUAAUUCUAUAGUUAGAAUAUAAUAGUGUGCACUUUGAAUACAGUGUUGUUUGACAUGACAAUUAAUGAAAAUGCCAGGAAGGAGUUAUUGUGACAGGGUAGGAUCCAAAGUGUUGAAAAGUGUUUCCUAGGGGUCCCUAUAAUAUACAUUCAAUGUUUUCUCUUAGCUACUUCAUGUAGCCAACAUAUGAUUGCUUCGCUUAAUUCCUCAUUGAUUUAGAAGAUACUGUUGCACAAACAACAUUCUGAUUUAGGUCUACACCAUCACUGGUAUUAUCAGGCUGUAUAGCUAAUUACGUUUGCUCUGACUCAAUACAUGUAUUAGCUAGCUAGCGAUUAGCAUUAGCGGCUAACAAUUAGCGGCUAACAAGAUUUAGGCCUAACUUGCUAAGAAAAGACAAACUAGCUGUUUGCAGAUGUAAGAAACACAAAUGAAUAGUGUAAUUAUAGAACGCUAGUGGAUUUAUAUUAAGAAGCAACGUGAAAACAGCAUUGUUGUCAUUAACAUUGUUGCAUGUGUUGCGUUGACCAUGCAGACUGAACGUCUCGUGGUCGAGGAACAACAAAUGCGCUCCUUGAAUGAGAGGGGGCGGGGCUAGGUCUUUGUGGAAAGCAACAUGGAGAGAGAGAGCGGAGAGAGACUCAAGUAGCGAAGUAAACUAUAAAAAUGGAAAGUUAUACACGGCGUAACACAUUUAACAAACCAUUUUGCCUUUUUAUUUCUCUCACCACUUUGAUUUGGUGUAAAGAGACCUUUAUUGCCAGUCCAGAUUCUCAAUGCUAUUAUUCUACAUAAUGCUAUAAAGCCAGGACAGAGCAUUUAUAGCUGUUUUUUCUUUGCAGAAUGACCUGAAAGGAGAGCGCGGAGAUACAGGUGUGAAGGGGGAGAAGGGAGAGCCAAGUGGUGGCUAUUUUGACCCCCGUUUCGGAGGACAACAAGGUCCACCAGGACCCCCUGGAAACCCAGGACUUAGAGUAAGAACUUGAGAGGACAUUACAUCAUAUAUGAAUUUGUUAGGAAAAUACUAGUCAACACACAUCUCCUGGCAUAUGUGUUUGUCAAAUGAUAAAACAUUGAAACUGUACGAUUCAACAAUCGAUAUGUAUAGAUACAUAUCAUGCCUGUUUAAAGGAACUUGUCACAGCCUGAAAUCAGUCAUUAAGACUCCUUACGAUAUCUCUCAUAUCUUGCUAACAACAAUAGAAAGAGAGCCUUAUAAUAAAUUGGGCACAAGUAAAGUUAAAUGUUAUUUUCUCAAUUUUUCAUCACAGGGUCCAAAGGGAGAUUCCAUCACGGGCCCUCCUGGUCCCCAGGGCCCACCAGGCUCCCCAGGGAUUGGCUACGACGGUCGUCCAGGAAACCCAGGCCCACCAGGUCCUCCCGGGCCCCCAGGGUCCAACUCACUACCAGGGGCCUACAGACCUACCCACCGUGAGUUUCCUAGCCAGUGACAAACACAAUGUCAAAAUACAUUAUUCAAUAGGGUAUACACCCAAGGUUCAUUUUACGUUGGUGGUAGAAUGGAGUGAGGUACACCACUAGCCCAUUCAUAGAUGGUAAUGUUAAACAUAUGUCUAUUCACGAUCAUGUCUGCCGGCCGUGGGCAAUGCACCAACGCUACAACGGUGCCCCAAAGCUCUGUCUAAACGUCAAUACGUCUCUCUUGCAAUACGGUUUUGGAAACAUUUGGAACUUAACUUUCAUAUCAGCGAGAAAUAAUAAAUAAUAAAAAAUUGUUAAAUUACUACACACCUUUAUAGGGUUCCCACAUGGACAUAUUGUAUUUCCAUGUUACAGCACUUGUUUAAGGGAGACAGAGGCAACCACCUGUGCUAAUUAGCUAUCUAGCGGGCUCCGAACACCUGUGUAUAACGGAAGAAGGACACCAGAAAAGUGUUACUGAAAAAUACUGUUAGCAGCAACUGUGUUAAAACAGUGUACAUACAGAAAGUGUAUAUUUUGCAUUUGUGAAAUUAUUUAGAUGUGAUAUGAAAGGGCUUUAUGUUUCUAGAACCGUAUAGCAAUUGAGAAUCCAUUCACGUUUCGAUGGAGUAUUUGGCUGUUUUGGCUGCCAGAGCCAGUCUACCUCUGAACAUAACAUAUGGUCCUUGGACAUUAAGGAGUAACGGUAGGCUUGCAUACACUCCUUAACCUAAUCUUGGGAUAGUAUACAACGUGCUUGACACUCUAAGAAGCAGCGAUAUUUUAUUGUGAUCAUCCUCAUCAUUAUAUUUCCUUCUUCAUCACAGCUAUUAGUAUUCCUGGUCCCCCCGGACCUGCUGGACCACCUGGAACUCCUGGUCACACCUCAGGGGUAAGUGGUCAUCUCACGGUUCGACAUAGGUUUAACCAUUCUGUUAGAUGGCUACCAUGCCCAAAGGUGGUAAUGUACCAUAAACCAGAGAUUGCUGUUUUCAGUUAUGUGGAUUCAGUGGAGUGAUUGCAAAGGACCUCAGAAAAAAAGCAGAUGCAAAGAUUGUAAAGGUGUAUUUUACAUGAUGUUGUGGGUUUUUUAUGGUUGAAAGUGAAUGUAUUCAUCAUAACUACUAAGAUUCACUGUUUGUUUUUCUGAUUGAUGCCUGCAGUCUUGUAUAUGUACUAUAAUAUGUACUGGUCUCCCCAGGUGACAGUUUUGAGGUCCUACGACACCAUGAUUGCUACUGCAAGGCGGCAGUCGGAGGGCACACUCAUCUACAUUGUCGAUAAAACCGAUCUCUACAUCCGAGUCCGCGAUGGAUUCAGACAAAUCAUGGUAAAGUCAUUCAUUUUUCUUUCAUGUGAGACGUGUUAGUAAGGUAGGAGAUGGAGAUGUAGUGCAGACUAAAAGUGUACUCUGCAAAAAGGAUUAUGCACUUUUUUCAUGCACUUUUUUCAUAUUCUUAUUAUAUUCCAGCUCAGUGACUACAGUCCCUUCUACAGAGAUCUGGUAAGUUGUAUGCAAAUGAGUAAAUAAAACAAAAACUAUGUAUCAACUUAUUUAAUAAAUAGCUAAUGAUAAUAAUGAAUUAACAAAGUCAGUCAUAAAAUCAAGGAUGACUUGUCAUCUCAAAUGACUUGUGGUUAGAGUGUCCACCCUGAGAUUGGAAGGAUGGGGGUUUGAUCUCCAGUCGAGUCAUACCAAAGACUCUAAAAAUGGUACCCGAUGCUUCUAUGCUUGGCACUCAGCAUUAGGGAGAUGGAUUGGGGGUAAGGCCCUGCGAUAGACUAGACUAGUGUCCUGUUCAGGGGGUGUACUUGUACAUCAAGCUGCCUCACGCUACAGAAUCAGGAGAAAGGCUCCUGCCCUAUGGGCCAUUCUGGCUCAGACAAGGCUUACUUGUCCAAGGCUUGCUUACUUCACUUACUUAAUCACUGUUGCUCUUAAUCUCCAGGACAACGAAGUAGCGGCAGUCCAGCCUCCCCCUGUCGUCAAUUACCCCCAGUCCCAGGACCACUCGGCCAACAAUGGAGCUGAACAAUUCUCCCAAGGCGGUGCUGCCACCCACCCCAUCGUGCCUCCUCCUCGCCAGCCCAUUGAGAUCCCCAGGCCCGCUCAACCCAACAAUCACGACCCCAGAUACCCCCCUCAGUAUGAUCCCAGAUACCCCUCUCAGACUAACCCUAGGUACCCCCCUCAGACAGAUGGCCGCUAUAGCCCCGUGCAGCCUGAGAACAGGUAUCCCACCCAGCCCGAAAGCCGAUAUCCCAUCACACCCCAGAGACAACCUGUUCCCCCUCCUGUUCCCCAGCCUGCCGGUCACGUGCACACAUCAGGGCCAGGAGUGAGUACCUUAUCAUCAUUUAAUGUGCCUUCAGAGAAAGCAUGUAUCUAUCAAAUGGUCUCAUCUAAAUAGUGUGUGUAAACCUAAGCCAGGCUGUUUUUAUAACUCAAAUCUGGGGGGUUUUCUGCUCAGCUCCACCUGAUCGCCCUGAACACGCCCCAAAUGGGCAACAUGCGGGGCAUUCGAGGGGCAGACUUCCUGUGUUUCCAGCAGGCUCGUGCUGUGGGCCUGAAGGGCACCUUCAGGGCUUUCUUGUCCUCCAAGCUCCAGGACCUCUACAGCAUCGUUCGCAAGUCCGACAGAGACAGCCUCCCCAUCGUAAACCUCAAGGUGUGUAAACAUAUACUAAAGAAAGUAUGAGUCUAGACUUUGGGAUCCCACUUCUGACACCGAAUUGACAUUGAGUUUAUUGAAGUAACCUCUUCAUUACCAUUUCAGGAAAUUCUAGAGAUUGUUUCAAUGCAACACUGUUCAGCAUCAAAUAAGUAAUGCAAUGCUACCAUGGGUUUUCAUUUUAUCCUUGUUUCUCUGACAAACAAAAUUAGGUACACCACCCCGUUCACGGAAAUGGUUUGCUCCUACAGACAGAGUCACAUGGCCGUGGCUUGCUAUGUAAAGCAGGCGGACAGGCAUCGAGGCAUUCGGUUACUGUUCGAUUGGACGUUAGAAUGGGCAAAACGAGUGACCUAAGCGACUUUGAGCGUGGUAUGAUCAUCAGUGCCAGGCGUGCCGGUUCCAGUAUCUAAAACAGCCGGCCUCCUGGGAUUUAAACACACGACAGGGUUUACCGAGAAUGGUGCGACAAACAAAAAAACAUCCAGUCAGUGGCAGUCCUGUGUGCAAAAAACAGCUUGUUGAUGAGAGAGGUCGAAGAAUGGCAAGAAUUGUGCAAGCUAACAGGCAGGCCACAAACAGGCAAAUAACGGCGCAAUACAACAGUGGUGUGCAGAACGGCAUCUUGGAACGCACAACUCAUCUGUCAUGGAUGGGCUAUUGCAGCAGACUACCACACCGGGUUCCACUCCUAUCAGCUAAAAACAAGAAGUGGCUCCAAUGGGCAUGCGAUCACCAACCUUGGGAAAUUGAGGAGUGGAAAUACAUUCCCUGGUCCGACGAAUCCCAGUUCCUAUUGCUUCAUGCUGAUGGCAGAGUCAGGAUUUGGCGUAAGCAGCAUGAGUCCAUGGCCCCAUCCUGCCAGGUGUCAAUGGUACAGGCUGGUGGUGGUGGUGUAAUGGUGUGGGGAAUGUUUUCCUGGCACAAGUUAGGUCCCUUGAUACCAAUUGAGCAACGUUUGAACGACACACCUUAUAGAAUCCAUGCCCCAAAGAAUUCAGGCUGUUCUGGAGGCAAAGAGGGGGCCGACCUGGUACUAGAUGGGUGUACCUAAUAAACUCGCCACUGAGUGUGUAUUUUCUCUCCCUCUAGGACCAUGUGCUGUUUAAUAGCUGGGAGUCUAUGUUCAGCAAGACUGAGGGGAGGAUGGAGGAAAAUGCACCAAUCUACUCCUUUGACGGUAGAGAUAUCCUCAGGGACAGUGCAUGGUGAGUGUUGGUCUCUCAGACACGGAACAACAAAAUAACAAGUGUGUUUACAAAGUGCAUCUAAUGCAUCAAAAUCCUAGUUGCUGGCUAGCUAGCUAGGGGGAGGUGUUCAACUUAAUUACGUCAUUUUUCAAACUAUUCUCAGUGAGUUAUAAAUUACGCCAAUGUUAUAGUUUAAAGAGGUAAGGUGGCUACGUAGAUACUGUAGCUAGGUAUGCACGUUUUUUACUUACGUCUUUGCUAAGCAAACAUUGACAGCUCUGUGUAUGCAAGCUAAAACACAAAUAGCUAACUAGCUACUUAGCUAACAACAUCCUUUUAGAUGAUACCAACUUUUAGCAGCUAGAUUGCAAUAGCCACAACUUGCAGCUCAAUAAGCUAGUCAGAGCAAAGCUUGCUAGCAAGCCAUGCUACAGCCAUAGAAGUUCAGUCAGAGAAGCAGUCCCAUGUAGCAUUCUUCCAAUCAGAGUGAUAUCUUGUCAUCAAACAGUAUCUUUAGCCUACAAGAGCUUGAAUACUGGUCCAUAUCCCCCCCAGCCUUGGCCUGAAAUGUAACAAAAAGUGUAUAUAUUAUCACACACUACACAGAGGAAAUGUUACACUUUCUAAAGUGUUUUAAAAUCGGCAGUCUAUUUGUGCAGUAUCUUUCUUUUUAUGGCAAAUAGUUACUUUCUUAUUAGUUAUAAUGAGUGUUGUAAUAAACAAAAUUCCUUUGUUAUGAAGUGUGGUAGGCUAAGUGGUAGUCUUUGUAUGUAUGAUAUGCCAGGGUUUAAGCCAUCAUGCAGUGUCCAACAGUGAAGGCACUGUAUUACAAUUUUACUGCUAACUGGAAAAUAUUUCUUAAAAUGUAUCUAAAAAGGGGAUGUACCUAAGGUGAUUAACAUACUUUAUUCCAAUUUGUUUCCCUUCAGGCCAGAGAAAAUGGUCUGGCACGGCUCUAGCAGCGAGGGUCACCGCCAGACAGACAACUACUGCGAGACAUGGAGGGCAGGAGACCGCGCAGUGACUGGCCUAGCGUCCUCACUGCAGUCCGGCCAGCUCCUACAACAGUCGUCCAGCAGCUGCUCUAGCUCCUACAUAGUGCUGUGUAUCGAGAACAGCUAUCUCUCUCACUCCAAAAAAUAA